AAAAAGGUGAGUAUCUGAGACAGGAGAGCGAGAGACCAGACGGUUCUUCUACAGAUAAAGAUCUCUGUACAAAGAUCUCCUCCUGUGAUCAUCUAACAUAUUCUACUGAACUCCAGCAUCAAGUUCCAGCAGCUUGUGGACUUCAGGUAGAUUUCUGCUCUCCAUCAUCUGGUACAAACCUCACACAUUCCUCAUCUCACACUCUUCCUCAUCUCACACUCUUCCUCAUCACACACUCUUCCUCAUCACACACUCCUCCACCGUGUAUCAGAAUGAAGCUUCUCACUCUGGUGCUCCUGCUCUCCACUUUCUCCUCACUGACCCUGACGGAGGUUGUGGAGGAUUUUCAAAAUUCUUGUUCCAAGUUCUUCAUCCGAAGCCCAAAUGGUAAACAAAUCAUCACCCCGACUGUUUUCAAAGGCUCUCAGUAUAAGCAGAUUUGUCAGCUCCUGAACAACAAUUACACAUUUGCUACGCUGUAUGACACGAAGAAUAGGAUCCCCGUCUACUCAGCCUACACGUUCUCAGGGAGAAAUCAGACGUUUAAGAACAAUGAGUGGAAAAAUGAACCACAGCUGGAAAACAAGAGCAACGGUCCAGAAAUGAGGGAGAUCACCAAUGAUGAGAUGGAUGGGUUUGUUCACCAGGCUGUGAACAGAGACUAUAAAGAUAGUAGAAUUCCUUAUACUAGAGGUCAUGUGUUUCCAAAUCAAUAUGCUGCUGAUCAGAAUCAGGCAGACUCCACCUUCACAUUUACCAAUAUAGCACCACAAACAGAACACAGCAAUGGAGAAUGGGCAACAGAAGUAGAGACACCGAUGAGGGCAGAGAUACAGAGAGAGUGCAGACAAAACAAUCAAUUCAAGGCUUUUAUAGUGACUGGAGUAGUUCCAGGGAAUAAUUGGAUAUCCAUAAUGAGAAAGGAUAAGACAGUUGUUAAAGGCGUUAACAUUCCCAGUUUUUACUGGACUGCGUUCUGUUAUUACAAUCAGACCACGACAAUUUCGAGAGCCUACCUCGCUCGGCAAAACGAACCGAACCCCAAAUCUUAUGAAAUAACUGAUUUGAGUGUUGAUAUGCUGAACAGACGCCUCACCAGUCUGUAUAAUCAGGAUUUCAAAGUAUUUAGUGAUUUGUGUUUGACUUCAGUUCAGUCCGAGUUCGUUCCAUCUGAUUCUCGGGUUUGACCUAAAACUGCUUCAUCAAAUUACUUCAACAAAUGUUUAUAAUGAAUCAGAGAAUCUUUGGUGUGCUUUACUUCACCUGCAGAAACUGAUUAUAUUCCUGUAACAGAACGUCCUCAAGUGUUUUAUUCCUCUUAUCCUACAGCAUGUUCUUACAUUUACACUUUUCUGUGUUAAAGAAAGACACGUCUUAUUUUUCAUUUCUUUGUAGUUGUGUUGACUGUUUUUAAAUGAGUUGUGUUGUAGAAUUAGAAGGAAACAGAUUUAUACCAAGCUGUUUGUUGUAUUUCUGUAUCAUUGGUACAUUUCUGUCUGUUAAAUCUCCUGCAGAUCUUUAAUAAAUCUUCAUUUCAUCAGA